GAAGCAAGAUGGCAAGUUUUAACUGUUUCAUCUUGGCUCUCCUCAUUGCUUUCUUUUUUCCAGGCGGCGAGGCAGCUCGUCAUCUUCUACAAUUGCCCCCUUUACCUUCCGUGCCAAAUUUGCCUAAACCAACGUUGCCACCAAUGCCUUCUAUACCAACAUUGCCACAGCCCACCUUGCCAACUUUGCCCACCACACAACCUUCACUGCCUAAACCCACACUGCCUCCACUUCCCAGCUUGCCAACAAUGCCUACUGCUGUCCCCAAGGUCACAUUGCCUCCACUUUCAAGCAUGCCUUCAAUCCCAACAAUUCCAAUCCCUACUGCAAUUCCCUCUAUUCCGUUCUCCCCACCAUCAGCUACAACUAAGCCUUGAUUUUCUUCACCUUGUU